AUGCCGUUCGCACAGCUGGUAAUCGGCCCUCCUGGGUCGGGGAAGUCAACCUACUGCAAUGGAAUGCAGCAGUUCAUGUCCGCCAUUGGCAGAAAAUGCUCUAUCGUCAACCUUGAUCCAGCUAACGACCAGACAUCAUACACCCCUGCAGUAGAUGUGCGCGAGCUCGUCACGCUGGAGGAGAUCAUGAAGGAAGACACCCUGGGACCUAACGGUGCUGUCUUAUAUGCGCUGGAAGAACUUGAAGAGAAUUUCGAGUGGCUGGAAGAAGGGCUAAAGGACCUUGGAGACGACUAUGUUCUAUUCGACUGCCCUGGCCAGGUGGAAAUAUUUACGCACCAUAGCUCUCUUCGGAAUAUGUUUUUCAAGAUUCAAAAACUUGGGUAUAGACUAGUCGUGAUACAUCUGGUUGAUUCCUAUAACCUCACUCUCCCGUCCAUGUACAUCUCCGCGCUAUUGCUAUCUCUUCGAGCAAUGCUUCAAAUGGACCUCCCCCAUCUCAACGUCCUCACCAAGAUCGAUAACCUCAGCAAAUACCCACCCCUCCCAUUUAACUUGGACUUCUACACUGAAGUCCACGAUCUCUCCCAUCUCAUACCGCACUUAAAUGAGGAGGCACCGUGGCUGGCGAACUCCAAGUUUGAUGCGCUGAAUUCCGCAAUAGUCGAGCUAGUGCAAGAUUUCAGCCUGGUGGGCUUUGAGACCUUGGCGGUAGAGGAUAAGAAGAGCAUGAUGAGCCUGCUUCAUGCGAUUGAUCGCGCAGGCGGAUAUGCAUUUGGAUCUGCAGAAGGAGCCAAUGAUACAGUCUGGCAAGUUGCUGUUAGAGAAGGGAUGGGAGUAAUGGAUGUAAAAGACGUGCAGGAGAGAUGGAUAGACGCGAAAGACGAGUGGGAUGAAAAGGAGAGAAGAGACUGGGAGGCAGAGGCCAAGGCUAGGGAAGAAGCAGCGCCGAAGGGGAGCGGCGGCGGACCUCGUGAUGACUUGGACAUGGAUAUGGAUGACUUGAUGUCGAAUAUCCCGCCGGACAUCGGCGUAAAGGUCGUAAGGAAAAACAAAUGA